AUGGGCCUGUCUGCUCCUGCUCCUGCAUGGUUGGUUGGCUGGCGGUCUACUCUCUCCAAUACAGACCUGGCCAAUUGCUGCCGCGUGUCAAAGUCGUGUCUGCCACUGUUCUCGCCCUUCCUUUGGCACACCAUUUCCAUCAAGACCCUUAUUCAACACCGUCGCUUCACUGCCUGCCCAGAGGUCCAACGGGCUAUUGCAAGAAACAUCCGCCAUAACCGCGUAAUCCGUCUUCAGACCUGUAAGAGCUUGGAGCCAUUUUUGAGUGCUCAAUUGACUCACCUGCCGUCCUUGCAUAUCCUCGAGUUCCCUUGGCCGAUCCGAGUCGAUCAAGAACGCCAGGACAUUUCACGAGCGCUGCAUAUAUCCAAGAUUGAUAACGAGUUGGUCUACGCGGCUCCCCCAGCUAUUUUUUCAGCACAGCAAGUAGAGAUUACUCAGGCCUACAGCGACAAGGACUGGUUAGAUGAACGAGAGCUCUUUUUGAAGAAUUUCCUCGACACCCAUGCGAUUCGCCAGCGCCAAAUAUACAAAGAGGAAUUCGUAAAAUGGAGACGCCUCGGAUCCAUUCGUCAUUUGGCGGAAAAGUUAGAUGAGCUGUUUGAACAGAAUUCCAAGGUGUGGACAGAAGCAAACCAUCUAACUCAGCUGCACGAGUCGCGGGCACAAGCGCCAAAGGCCUCGGCGCGAUGGUUCUCGGAGCAGGAGCAAGACCAGGCCAGGAAUCUACUUGAGCGAUUUCAGUCAGUGGAAGAAAGCACACGGCGGUUCAUGCGAGCAGUGGCUCCAGCGUUUCGAACGACACUUUCAAUUCCCGGUAUACCGAUAGACCAUCCAUCGCGAGAACAGUUUCGAGAGCUUCGAGAGUUGCAGUUAAUCCUUUUAACCGAAUGUCAAUGGCUUCAACGACUGCUAUCCCAGCAAGAGCUUCGACGAUACGCAGUAUCAUUGGAACAUCACAGCACUUUGGUUUAUCAGCAGCAGCAGCAGCAACAGCAAUUCCAGCAGCAACAGCAACAGUUGCAAUCCCUCCUAGAAACCCCUAAUCAGGAUCUUCUCGAAAAUAUCAUAUUGUAUCCCUUCGAACUUCCUCAUGCCCCGUCUGACAUUCCACGACCAAUGGCCUGGGUUCAAGACGAGCCAUUCGACAUGCUAUUACUCUUGCGUUUUCUCCAGAGUGCACCCCAUAUCAAGAUGCUCCACAGUGUCCGAAAACCUCUUUGGAGUGCCGAGGCGAUGAAUAUACUCUCAGCUCGAUCGCUCGAUUUAGGAUUAAUGUCCCUAUCUCUAAUCGACCCUGGAGACGGCGAUCAACAGCGGCUGGGAUACCUUUUGGAUCAUUGUUCACCUGCAUUAGAGACACUGAGGAUCUCAGGCCAGGCUACUGUCGAGGUACCGGUCAAAGGCAGUAAUACCAACGAGACAUUCGCGACCAAGACAGGAAUCAAGAGACUGAUUUUGGAGGGUGAUGCAGCUCUGUCUGCCCGGCCCCAGUUUCUACGCCGUUGCCCAGAGCUGCAAUCGCUCAGUCUCAUAGGCUGCUCUACAAGUUUGCUGGCCUCCACUGUCGACUCCAUUAAAGAGUGUUGCCCCAUGAUCGAGGAGCUGGCGUUCUACACAAAACAUUAUUCUGUUGACCAGAUACCAAAAAUUGCCUGUCUUUUAGAUGCGUGCUGUCAAAGCUCAGCACCAUCAGAAUCCACGCCAACUCAAUCACCACUGCUAUCUCGUAACGAUGCUACGCCCAAGGAGUGCCAUGGACGCGUGGGGUUGAAGAAGCUCCUGCUCCUUGGCGUCAUCUAGACGUCAUAUAACCCGGUUAUUCAAGCCAUCCAUCGGCAAGCAGCUACGCUCACCCAUCUUGCGGUCAAGAACUUUAAGGCAUCUCAUGAAGAAUGGCAAAAUGAGCCAGGCGUGGCGGUCAUGCAGAUGCUCCCUAUGUUAGGUUCCCUGGAAUAUCUCGAUCUCUUACCUUCGGGCUAUCUGACAUAUGGCCCGCGAAUGUGUCAUCUGGAUGCGAGGCAUCUAAUCCAGGAUGUUCUG